UUUAGAUUCUGGUUUCGUUUAAAGAUUUUUUUUUGCGUUUUUGUUCACGUUGAAGGAAAUGCGACGAUAAACUCGAUGUCGAAGGAAACGCAUGCGGUAAGAAUAUCAAACGUUUCGGUUAAACCAUUUCUUGUGUCGCAGGAAAACACGUAUGCCGUUCCUAAGCGGUCUAAUAUGAAAGUCUCGUUUAAAACAUUUUUUUUUGCGGCGAAGGCAGGCGACGCGAUGAUCUCACCCGCCAAAGUUUCGUUUAAACAUUUGGCAAAGCGAUGAUGUCAUGCAGCCGCUGCCGCACACCGGCGACGCGACCACGCUGCCACGCGGCGGGUGAUGAUGUCAUCCAGUCGUCAAACGCGACGGCGGCGGUACGCCUGAGUCACCGCACACAAUCGCGCUGCAAUUUACAUUCACGCAGCGACCAACGGUCGAGUUUCGAAGCGAAGCGGCCCCAUACGACGACGGUUUGGUUAGGUUAGGUCGCUAACUACGACCAAUUUUAUCAGCGGGUUGCGUUAUAUUGCGCAAUUCUCGCCAACACAAAUCUUAAUUAUUCUGAAGGAACGUUGUCGAAAGUAAUUUUAAAUUCAUUAGAAAAAUUGGUUUAAUUAACAAGUGACCGCCGCCAUAAUGAGACUUCAUUCUUUGGAUUUUUGUUUGUGUUUCACCACUUGAAAAAGCAAAAAAAAAUGUUCACCUGCGAAUAUUGCAACCGCUCGUUCAGCCGUAAAGACCACCUGGCGAGGCAUGGGGAUUGUCGCGCAGCAGUACAAAUUUGUGACGUUUGCGGUGGGAUAUACAAAUCCGAGGGGGCUCUCCGACGCCAUCAACGCGAGAAGCAUGAGGUUCCCAAGGCGAAAAGACCCGCCGCCGCCCUAUUGCUGCAGACGAACAAAAGCGCCCGAGACUUGACCUACCGGAAGCUUCGACAUCAUCAUCAUCACCAUCAUCCACGCGCCAUUGUACGCAGUGUAACUUGACCAUUCCUGCAAUGAGAUGGCAAGGACACUUGCGUACUUUGGCUCACCGCCAAAAAUGCAGCGUGGUGCAGGAGCCAGGAGUAGAAAUGAUACAGACCUCCUUCCGUAACCUCAUAGCUACAUGCCGUCUGGCGUCCACCGUUAACCCUACCGACGUUAAGGGCUUCUUGGACCACCUUAGGUCCAAAAUCCUUACGUUGGUAGAGUCGAACGUCCGACGCUACGGCAACAUAAAAGUCGGUAUGGAGCUAUUCGGAAACUUCCUCUUGCAGACGAAGGAACAAGAGGAGGUCAAGUCCUUCAAUACCAAAUAUCGACUGGUGAGGGGAAACACCGAUCUGGAGGAGCUGUACGUCCAGUUCGUCGACAUCUUGGCUACCAAAGCGUCCGAGUUUCAGGAAAGGGACAGCGGUAUGAUUCAUAAAAAUGUAUAUUUCCGAACUAAUUUCUUUCUCUUUUUUACAGGCUGGGCGUUGCAGGAACUCCUCCAUUUAGAAAUAGGGAUUAACAAGUACAAUCCCCUAAGGGCGUCGUCCUAUGUUAGCCUGCCCAAGGAAAUCGAAACCAAAAAAGCUGUUUUGAACUUGCAAAAUACGGACGAAAAAUGCUUUAUGUGGUCGAUCAUGGCUGCUCUUCACCCAAUUCACUGGACAAAUAACGCUAACAGGGUCAGUAACUAUGUAGAGUUUCAGAACGAGCUGGAUUUUACAGAGAGGUGUGUCUGAAAACGUACGGUCUGGGCCCGAGUCAGUUUUAUACGACACCGGGUCUAUCAUGGACGAGCGCCCUUAAGGCGACAAAGGUUGAACUGGAUCUGUUGACCGACGUGGACGUGGAUACACUUCUUGAAGCACGGUAUCCGCGGAGGAGUCAGUCAGUGUAGUGUGAGAAAGGCCGCGGCUAAUAAUAAAUUUUUACCUAAUUACGACCCUUCCAAACCUACCUCUUACGUCAUGUACUUGGACGCUACCAAUUUAUACGGGGCGGCCAUGUCACAAUACCUCCCAACGGGAAACUUCGAGUGGUUGGAGAAGGACAAAAUUCAAAAUUUAGAUAUUACGCGUAUCCCCAACGAUUCACCUAGGGGCUAUAUUUUCGAAGUAGAUUUGGACUAUCCGGAAGUGCUGCAUGAUGCACACAACGAACUGCCUUUUUGCCCGGAAUCCAUCGUUUCGCCAAUCGCGAAAACCAAAAUGAAAAAACUUAUUCCAAAUUUAAACAAUAAACGUAAUUAUGUAUUGCAUUAUAGGAAUGUGCAACAGGCUUUAAGCAACGGCUUAAAGCUUGUUCGCAUCCAUCGCGUUCUUGAUUUCGAUCAAUCUCCCUGGCUAAAACAAUACAUAGACUUGAAUACGGCGAUGUGUAAUACAGCUAAAAAUAAGUUUGAAAAAGAUUUUUUCAAACUUAUGAAUAACGCUGUGUUUGGAACAACGAUGGAAAAUGUAGACAAAAGGGUGGACGUGCGGCUCGUUUCCCAUUGGGAAAAUAUUGGGAAAAGGUUGGGGGCAGAAGCGUUAAUCGCGAGACCUAAUUUUAAAAAUGUCGCCAUAUUAAGCGAAAAUCUAGUCGCUCUCCAGAUGGAAAGGACUAAAGUCGUAUACCGAUACCGACAGCCUCGUUGUCCAAAUUUUUUGCGAAAAUUUCUACGAAGAUAUGAAAGAAAAUUUGGACAAAUUCGAUACGUCUAAUUACUCGGAGAACAACCAACACGGCAUUCUUGUAAACAAGUCCGUUCUUGGUAAAAUGAAGGAAGAGUACGCAGGGCGGCCGUUGUGGGAAUUCUUGGGUACGGGAGCGAAAGCUUAUUGCGUAAAUGUGGACGGCAACGAGUUGACCAAAAAGGCCAAGGGCGUUGCUGACUCGGUCAGCCAGCGCGAACUUAGUCUCGACGACUAUAAGCGCGCUGUCGACGAGGAAGGCACGCUAAUUUUGCGCCAAAUGUCUUCGUUUCGCUCACAUUUACAUGAUAUGUACGUCGAACUGAAAAAUAAGGUGGCGUUGUCUUACGCGGAUGACAAACGACAUCUUAUACCCGGCUCAGAGUACACGCUAGCUUGGGGCCAUCGAAAUUUGGUUGGUUCAAAGGACAGCGGGAAAAUCACUGACUGAUCGACCACAUACCAAGCAGAUAUUUCUUUUGGAAAACUAAUAUGUUACGAUUCCUUUAGAUGAUUGUAGUUUAUAUUUGUGUUUAAUUUAUGUAUCUAUUUAUGUCCAUAUAUGCUAUUUAUAUAUGCAUAUCGUUCGAAUAUAUUUAUUAAUAUGUGUCUAUC